AUGGCUUCUUCACUCGCCACUUUGGCGCUCAUCCAACUUCUCCCUCUCCUCGCCCUCUUCGCAUCCCCCGUCUCUGCAACGCACGAUGGCAAGCGCAGCGUCGACAAGCGGCAACAGAAUGUCACUCCUCUUACAUUUCAGCAGGUCGGAGAUAUGGGUAUCUCUGCUCAGAUGAUGUUCUACGGGACAGGGACCAAGGUGUAUGUCCUUGACAAGGUCGAGAACAACCCUGUCACUGUCAAUGGAAAGACCGGGACCCACCCCGCCUGGGCCGUGGAGUACGACUAUGUGUCCAACACCUACCGCGCUAUGGAUGUCCAGUCAAAUACAUUCUGCGCGGGCGGAGGUGUUCUGGGGAACGGGACGUUUGUCGCUUUCGGAGGAAACCAACCGGUAACGACCAACGGUAUCGCCGUGUCCAACGCCGGAGCCUACAAGAACACGGACGGCGGAACAGCCAUCCGGAUGCUCAACCCCUGUACGGACCAAAAAUGCAACUGGAUCGAGGGGUACACGGACUACACGACCAACGGGAACACGAAGGGGUACCUCCAGAUGACAUCGCGGCGGUGGUACCCUACCGUCGAGGUGUUGGAGGACGGGACCAUGAUUGUCAUUGGCGGAGACAAGAAUGGUGGGUAUGUCAACACGGCGGCGCAAGACAACCCAACGUAUGAGUUCUUCCCCCCUCGUACGCCCAACGUGGCCAUCAACCUCGACUUCCUUUCCGAAACACUCCCUGUCAACCUCUACGCCCUGACAUGGCUCCUACCCUCCGGUAAACUCUUCAUGCAGGCCAACCGGCGGACAAUCCUCUACGACUACAAUGAGCAGGAAACGACCGACCUCCCGGACAUGCCCUACGCGACGCGCGUGUACCCCGCUUCGGCCGCCACGGCCAUGCUCCCCCUCAUCCCUGACAACAACUACUCGGCGGGUAUCCUCUUCUGCGGGGGGUCCAACCCCCCUCAGUGGGGUAACGACGGGACGGCGGGGUACAAUGUCACGGCGGUCCCAGCGGACAGCACGUGUGUGCGCAUCUACCCCGACGCGCCCAACCCUACGUACCAAGACGACGACUACAUGUUUGAGGGGCGGAGCAUGGGACAAUUUGUCAUGCUCCCGGACGGAACGUUCUGGAUGGCCAAUGGCGUGGCGAUGGGGACAGCGGGGUACGGUGACGACCGGUUCUCGAUCGGACAAUCGUACGGACAAUCCCCACUCUACAUGCCGGCCAUCUACAACCAUACCGCCCCCCUCGGCCAACGGUGGAACCGCACCGGUCUCACCGCGUCGCGGAAUGAACGCAUGUACCACUCGACCGCCAUCCUCCUGCCGGACUCGUCCAUCCUCAUUUCCGGCUCCAACCCCAACAAGGACUUUACGACCGAGCAGUGGCGCACCCGGACAGACGUCGAGCGGUGGUUCCCCUGGUACUACAACAACCCCCGCCCCCAGUUCGCCUCGGCCCCUUCGACCAUCUCGUACGGCGGCCAAGGGUUCGACGUGUCUUUGGGCACUACCGACAUGGCCGCGGUCUCGACCGCCAAGGUCGUCAUUAUCCGUCCCGGGUUCAACACGCACGCGAUCGGGUUUGGACAGCGGAUGAUCCAGCUCAACUCGACGUACACGGUUGAUAUGCGCAACAAUACGGCGACGCUCCAUGUGGCGCAGAUCCCCAGUGCGGCGGGACCGAGGCUGUUCCAGCCCGGACCGGCCUUGAUGUUCUUGGUGGUCCAGGGUGUUCCGUCCGAGGGCAAGGCGGUCAUGAUUGGAAACGGCAAGAUCGGGACCCAACCCACAUCGACAGACGUCGCUCUCCCAGCCAACACCGUCCUCGCUGUCCAGCCCUCGGCCUCCUCGGGCGGCGCAUCAGGCACGAACGGUGCCGCCUCGGGAUCGUCGUCCCGCGCGGCGGCGGGCAGAGUGGCGGGUGUCACUGCGAGCUGGACACCGGUUGUGGGUGGGGUGGCGGUGUUGGCGGCGGUCAUGGCGGGCGGAGCGGGGUUGUUGCUGUAA